UCUGAGCACCCAGCGCGGAGAGGAGAUGUGUCGUCCCCAUUGCCCACUGUGGCUGGCCCUGCCGCUGCUGCUCUCCUGCCCGCGGGCUGACGGCAGUGCUCUGCAGGGUCAGAUCAUUGGGAGCCACGAGGCCCAGCCCCACUCCCACCCCUACAUGGCGUACCUGAAGGUGGGGCGUUCUGCCUGCGGGGGGGUCCUGGUGGCCUCCGACUGGGUGAUGACAGCUGCGCACUGCUUGUCGGGGAACAUCACCGUCGUCCUGGGGGCUCAUGAGAUCUUCCAGCCAGAGCAGAGCCAGCAGGUCUGAGGGAUCCUCAGAUACCACCCACACCCUGCGUACGACCCCGACACCCUGACCAACGACAUCAUGCUGCUCAAGCUGACAGCAAAGGCCAAGCUCAACAAAUACGUCCGCACCAUUGCGCUGCCCAAAACCAGCAGCUACCUCCCGACGGGCUCCUCGUGCACCAUAGCAGGAUGGGGCCUGAUUGAUGAGGACCAGAUAACAGGCAAACUCUUUGAAAGCAAAGUCUCCAUCUACAGCCGCAGGAAGUGCGUUCUGUUCUACCCACACCUCGACGACGGCAUGGUGUGUGCUGGCAGCUUCCACGAGCUGAAGGACUCCAGCCAGGGUGAUUCCGGAGGGCCGCUGGUGUGCAAUGAAGUCACACAGGGUGUUGUUUCCUUCGGCUACGACAGCCCGCCCGGUGCCUACGCUCGCAUUGCCAACUACCGACGCUGGAUGAAGAAAAUCAUGAUGAAGUAACGGUGCAGCGUCAGCCCUGGAGACCUGACGGGUUCCUUCCUGCCCCCACUGGUGGCUCCAUUCCCCCCUCUGCCCUGGGAACCCAGGUGUCCCAAUGGAUGCCCAUAGGCUCCCUCCCUUUGCUCCGAGGCUGAUGGCUGUCCCGCUGCCGGCCCAUUUCAGUGCCACGUUGUCACCAGCAGAAUUCCCAUAUGGCACCGGAAUGCAGUGGCGCUACUGCACAGCCCCUUUCCCUUGGACGCCCCUGCCCUGCUGGACCCUGAAACACCCCCAGCAAAUUCUGAGCUGCAUUCCCCAGCAUUUCUGCCUUCUUUCUUAUCCCUCAUCACAGCAAGAAGGGAGGGUUGGGUCAGCCAUGCUUCUCCUCUCCGUGGUGGGAUGGCAGUGACAAAGACAUCGGGGUCCAGAGAAGGAGCAGCCCCUUUUCCCAGGUAACAGCAAUAGGACGAGGGGUGAUGGCCGCGUGUUGUUCCAGGGCAGGUGCAGGUUGGAUAUGAGGAACAGUUUAUUCACCAAAAAAUGGAGAUAUGGUGGCACGGGCUGCCCAGGGGGGCGGUGGGGUCACCAUCUCUGGAGGUGUCCAAGAACCAUGGAGAGGUGGCACUUAGGACAUGGGCAGUGGGCACGGUGGAGGUGGGCUGGGGCUGCUCUGGGGAUCUGAGAGUUGUCUUCCAGCCUUAGUGACUCUACGAAUCUAUGAGUGGGCAUGGUGCAGGUGGGUUGAUGGGCGGACUGGAUGGUCUCGGAUGUCUUCUCCAACCUUGAUGAUUUUGUGACCUGGAUGGAAAGGGGAAGCGCCGCACAUAUCCCAUCCACCGCCUUCAGAAUGCCAACAGCCCUCCAGUGUCCAUCUGUCUGCGAUGUCCUGCGUAGGGACACGGAUGGGAGCUCAGAGAACACCAUACUGAAAGGGCUGGGCAAGGACUGGGGACUACAGACAGGAGAGGCAAUGGGGCAGAGCAGCGCUCCUUGCUGCAGGACGUCUGUGUAAGUUCCAGGAGAGAAUGCGAGGGUUUGUGGAGGGGAAAUCCAGCGUGAAGUUUUGAACAUACAGAAACUGUGAGCAAUUUGAGGGAACAGGAUGCUUGCCCCGUCCUCAGAGCCUUUCCUGGGCUUCCACCCAGCCAUAUCUGCCCAAGGGAGGGGAUGGCUGGAA